CGAAGCGUUUCUAACAUGAACUUUCUCUCUGGGACCUGGUGGUCUCUUGCCCUCGUCUUGGUCUGGGCGACCCCCCCGGUCACCUCCUCAUGGUGGUACAUGGGGGCCGUGGGCUCGUCGCGGGUGAUGUGCGACAACGUGCCGGGCCUGGUGAGCCGGCAGCGGCAGCUCUGCCGGCGAUACCCCGAGGCCAUGCUCUCCAUCGGCCGCGGCGUGGCCGCCUGGACGGCCGAGUGCCAGCACCAGUUCCGCCGGCACCGCUGGGACUGCAACGCCCUGGAGCGCGGGCAGCGCCUGCUCGGACGCGUCCUCCUGCGCAGUAGUCGGGAGUCUGCUUUUGUACAUGCCAUCUCCUCUGCAGGAGUUGUUUUUGCCAUUACCAGGGCAUGUAGCCAAGGGGAGCUGAAAUCCUGCUCCUGUGAUCCAAAGAAGAAAGGCUCUGCCAAGGACAGCAGGGGCCAUUUUGACUGGGGUGGCUGCAGUGAUAACAUCGACUAUGGCGUGAAAUUCGCCAGAGCCUUUGUGGAUGCCAAAGAACGGAGAGGAAAAGAUGCGAGAGCGCUGAUGAACCUUCACAACAACAGAGCCGGGAGGAAGGCCGUCAAGCGGUUUUUGAAACAGGAGUGCAAGUGUCACGGCGUGAGUGGAUCGUGCACUUUAAGGACCUGUUGGCUGGCCAUGGCUGACUUCAGGAAGACGGGAGAUUACCUGUGGAAGAAAUACAAUGGAGCCAUUCAGGUGGUCAUGAAUCAAGACGGCACGGGUUUCACUGUGGCUAAUAAGAGAUUUAAGAAGCCAACUAAGAAUGACUUGGUGUACUUUGAAAGCUCUCCAGACUACUGUAUCAGGGACAGGGAUGUAGGGUCGCUGGGGACGGCCGGCCGGGUCUGCAACCAGAGCUCGCGCGGCAUGGACAGCUGCGAGGUGAUGUGCUGCGGCAGGGGCUACGACACCGCCCGCGUCAGCAGGAUGACCAAGUGCGAGUGCAAGUUCCACUGGUGCUGCGCCGUGCGCUGCCGGGACUGCCUGGAAGUGGUGGAUGUCCACACGUGCAAGGCGCCGAGGAGCGCCGGCUGGACGUCCCGGACGUGA